AUGACGCAGGCAGCCAGCAUGGCUUCCUACGAGGCAACCCAUUUCUAUGCACAGCUUCAUGAGUUGUUAAGUCGCCUGAGUCCUCCGUGUCGCAAAGCUGCCUUGGAGCAGCUGACCACUUUGGAACGCCAAGGGUUGGAGGCUUGGAUGCUUUCGAGCAAAAGCUAUGGCCGUGGCUGCCAGGCAAGAUGUAGCGGCAUUCGGCCGAAGAAGACAUCUUGCAGGGCCAUGCCGGCCAUGCGAAUGGCUUCAAGUGGAGCAGGGAGCAGCGUCGUGACCUUCAGUCAGAGGACGCUGAAAGGCACCGUCAGUCGAUGGUACUACGCCGUGGUCUGUCUUCCGGGUCUCCACAUCCUUUCGCGCAUGCGGCGGGACCGAGCGCUGGCGGUGGAUGAUAGCAAGGUGUUGACCUGGACCAAAAGGCGUGUCAGGGAAGCCUCCGAGAAGGGUCACAGCUUUGACGAGGCCGUAAGAGAGGCCUUGACACUGCAUUCAGGUUCCACCGGAACGAGGGCCCAAAAGCGCCGGCCCAAAGCAGGUGGCACCGUGCUGGAGCCCAGGAAGCUUCAGCUGCGCUUCUACGCAGCUGUGGAGCUGGGCGGAGGCUUUAGCACUAUGCUGCGUGCUCCAUGCUGCUACAACUUGGAGGAGGCGCUGACAGCUCGGAGUCGGCUGCAAGAUGCCUUGAACCUGCAGGGUUCGGCUUUGACACGCCUAUCCUUCAGCCACUGCACAGAAGUCUUGGAACGUCUGCGCUGCACGCACCGCGCGCUGUAUCAGGAGGCAGUUGGAGCUGCGGCCGCAUCGGACCGAGCCUUCGGGCGAGUGCAGCGGUUAGUCUUGCAGAAAAGGGCAAAACGUGGUUGGGACCAACUACGGCGCUUGUUGCGGAAGCGACGCGCCGAGGCUCAAAUGAAACAAGUACGGGCACGGUUGGAUGCACUUGGUUUGAAGGCAUAUGAAGGACUUGCUGCCACCAACCUCUUGGUGUUUUAUUGUUUGAAAGAAUGCUGCAUCUGGCUUGGAUUUUGCUUGAAUAUGUUAGACUGUUUGAUCGUGACUUCUUCACGUGGGCGCGUGACAGACGGUUAG